UGUUGUUACUUGAUUCAUAUAGAAUGAAUAACAGCACUAGUCACUACCCUUUCCCGCUUCGAAGUUGGGAGAUCUUUAGCUAUGUAUCAAUUGCUACUUUUGGAAUCAUUGGAAACGCUGCGGUAAUAAUAGUCACAAUUUUGAAUAAAAAAAUUAAAAUGACGUCAUUUAAUUUGACCAUUUUUUCAUUGGCUGUGACAGAUUUUAUGGCUUCAAUUAUUGGGUUACCAAAUUAUAUUUUAUCGACGAGUAUAUUUAACCAUCCCGUUGGACUUAAAGGUGAUUGGCUCUGUAAAUUGUUUACUGGAUACUUCUGGUUGUUCUUUUUUUUAGAAACAUCUGUGUUCCUUCUUGUUUAUAUUGCAUUUGAAAGACGGAAAGCAAUUUUAUUCCCUUUAAAUAACCAAAAUAAUGAAGGAAGCAACUUAAAAGUUGUAAUAAUAUUUCUACUCGUAAUACUAGCUUUUACAAUAGAGGUACCAACGAUUAAUGGUUUAAUGUAUGACGUCAAAAAUAACAAUGUUGGAAAUUUUUGUAAAUACAAAUAUUCAUUCACGCAAUCUAUUUUCAUUUAUUUAGCUGUAUUAACUAUGGAUUCAAUUAUACCAGCCAUAAUUAUAUUGUUCUGCUAUUACCAAAUUACUUCUUCACUUAAAAAAAGCUGUUUGUUUUUGAAAAGUAGAAAUCUUUAUGACAUUCAAAGUACUAACACAAACAAAACUUCAUCGAUUUUGGGAAGUAAGUUCAAAACAAUUGGGACGUUGAAAAUAGUAAACAUAGUAUUUUUUGCGUGCAUAGUACCUAACAACUUAUUUUAUUUUUUGUACCACGCAGGAUUCAGAGACUUACAUUGGACCUCUAAUGUAUUUCAAAUUGGAAUGCUUGUUAGAUUUUCUAACGUUUGCAUUAAUCCAUUUAUUUACAGUAUCAGGAGUAAUCAGUUUAAAAAAAAUUUUUGGUUUGUGUAUUAUUCUCGAAUAAGAAGUAAAUCCAAUUAUGAGUUAAAAUGCAUUUUAUUUUUCGAGAACAAAUCUAUGGCAUGGACGAACACGACCAAUCGCUACCCCUUUCCAAUACGAAGUUGGGAAAUAUUUUGGUAUGGAUCUAUAGCUGUGUUGGGAACAGUCGGCAACGGUGUGGUAAUGAUGGUCAUGAUUUUGAACAAAAACAUCAAAAUGACGUCAUUUAAUUUUACAAUUUUUUCAUUAGCGUUUACAGAUUUUUUGGCCUCUUUUAUUGGCUUACCAAACUACAUUUUAUCAACGAGUAUAUUUAAUCAUCCCGAUGGGCUGAAAGGAGAUUGGCUCUGUAAACUUUUUACUGGAUAUUUCUGGCCUUUUUUUUUUUUAGAUGUAUCUGUGUUCAUUCUUGUUUAUAUUGCAAUCGAGAGAAGGAAAGCAAUUUUAGAUCCCAUUGGAUGCCAACAGAAUAGAAUAAACAAUUAUAGUUUUUUUAUAAUUUUGCUUAUCGUAAUAUUUGCUUCUAUAUUAGGGAUACCGACAGUUUACGGUAUGGUUUAUAACAUCGAAAAGAAUAUCGUCGGAAACUGUUGCACAUACAAAUAUUCUUAUUUACAAUCAAUUUGUAUCUAUUUCGCUGUGUUUAUCCUUGAUACUAUAAUACCAGCUGUUGCCAUGAUAGUGUGUUAUCGCCAGAUCAGCUCAUCACUUGGAAAAAGCAAUGUUCUCCUGAAAGCCAGUAUUCACUUGAAUAACCAACGAAAAAACCUAAAUAAAACCACCUUAGUUUUUGGAAGUAAGUUUAAAACAGUCCAAACAAUGAAAAUAGUAAUUUUAGCAUUUUUUGCGUGUAUUGUUCCGAAUCAUUUGCUCUAUUUAUUAUCUCUAAUUAGUGUUAGAGGUCUAGAAUGGAACUCCGUUGUAUCACAAAUAGGCGUGCUUAUUCGAUUUUCUAACACCUGUGUUAAUCCAUUUAUAUAUAGUAUUAAAAGUAAACAAUUUAAAAAAAACUUCUGGUUUGUUUAUGAUACACGUAUAAAGGGGCGAUCGAAUUAUAAAAUUUUAAAUCGAACAUUAUGAUGUCGUUAAACCGUACUUAAUAUUUAUUUAUUUUACUACGUAAAGGGCGAUAAAGAAGAGAAAAAAAUCUUAAAACGAGCGUAUAAAAUGUCACUUUAAAAACUUAAGAAAAACGUUAUCUUAUUGAUUGCUUUGUUCAUAUAAAAGUUUUUUUUUUUAAUUUUUGAAAACGAAAUUCAAAAAUUUUGAAAAUUUUACUUA